AUGACGCCCACGAAAACUACAAAAACUGAAGUAGAAAUGGUGAUACGGAAUAGAAAAACUGUUAUGAAAGACGGGAUAAUGACAAUGUCGGGCAUCGGGGAACCCUCGGUGUUCCACGCUUUAGUGGUCAUAUUUUUGGAGUUCUUCGCGUGGGGACUACUCACGAUGCCAAUAAUAUCUGUCCUGAACGCCACGUUUCCAGAUCAUACGUUUUUGAUGAAUGGGCUUAUUAUGGGAAUAAAGGGAAUUUUGUCCUUUUUAUCCGCUCCUCUUAUCGGAGCCUUAUCUGACGUGUGGGGAAGAAAGUUUUUCCUCUUGGUAACAGUAUUUUUUACCUGUGCACCCAUACCACUGAUGACCAUUAACACAUGGUGGUUCUUUGCGAUGAUAAGCAUAAGUGGAGUGUUUGCUGUGACCUUCUCGAUCGUAUUCGCCUACGUAGCCGACGUCACCACCGAGGCUGAGCGGUCUCGCGCCUAUGGGCUGGUGUCCGCCACCUUCGCCGCCAGUAUGGUCAUAUCACCUGCGCUAGGAGCUUACCUUAUGGAUUUGUAUGGAGAAGCUCUCGUCGUCGCGGCGGCCACUGCGGUAGCGGUGCUGGACGUGUUCUUCAUCAUGGUUGCAGUUCCUGAAAGUCUUCCUGAGAAAGUCCGACCCAGUGGCUGGGGGGCCAACAUAAGCUGGGAGCAAGCAGACCCGUUUGCCGCCCUCAGGAAAGUUGGUGCGGAGCGCACGGUGCUCAUGCUAUGUGUAGCAGUGUUCCUAUCCUAUCUGCCAGAAGCCGGACAGUAUUCAUGCAUAUUUGUAUAUUUGAAGCUAGUGAUGGGUUUUGGUGUAGUGCAGGUGGCCAUCUUCAUUGCAAUAGUUGGUGUACUCAGUAUUGCUGUGCAAGUGGUGCUUGGAUUUUUAAUGAAAUCACUCGGUGCAAAGCACACUAUUAUGCUUGGACUUUUGUUUGAAAUGAUGCAACUUAUGUGGUAUGGAUUUGGGAGUCGCACUUGGAUGAUGUGGGCCGCUGGAGUCCUCGCCGCAUUGGGCUCCCUCACAUACCCUGCUAUCAGUGCGUAUGUGUCUGUAAAUAGUCGAGCAGACAGGCAGGGUGUAGUGCAAGGCAUGGUAACUGGAGUUAGAGGGCUCUGCAAUGGCCUCGGGCCGGCUAUGUUCGGUGUCAUUUUCUACCUGUUCCAUGUUGACCUUAAUGAAGAACACGCUGUCCCAGGAAUAAAUACUCGACCGGACGAUGAAAAGUAUGUGCGAUUGGUGCCCGGCCCACCAUUUGUCUUAGGAGCUCUUCUUGUUAUAUGUGCACUGCUUGUGGCCGCUUUCCUGCCAGAAGAUGGAACAGUGGGACCUCGAAGGUCUUCCCCCGAUCUACGGUUCGAAGUGGAGCGCGGCCGACGCGUGGCAGGACCCCUCUCACCCUUGAUGGCUCCUGAAUCAGCGGCUCUCUAG